GCCAGCUCCACACACGAACGUGGACGACCGCGCGCGCCUUUCUGAUCCGCCGGUGACUCGGCCGGCCCGGCUGCUGACUCCGCAUGUCCGCUGCCUUUGCCAAAAGGAUCCACCACCGCGCGCGGCCGCCUAUAAAAGCCCGGCCACCGCAGCGGCACUCCGGUACCAAUCCCCGAUACCUUACUCGCUAAGUUAAGCCACCACCACCAGCGCAGCGCAACGCACGCCGGACCUAGUUGAUCGCUCGUUCUUCGUCGAGCUUCCUGCAGCAGCCAGCCAAGAUGAAGUCGAGCAGCGGCGGCCAUGUCGUGGGAGUCCCGGUGACCUCCAAGGCGUAUGGGAUUGAGGAGAAGGCGCCGUCGGCCAGGGACGGCCAGUCGUUCAGGAAGGCCGACGGCGACCACCUUGCUGUCUCCUUGACGAAUCCUAGCCCCUACACUUCUUUCGGCUACAAGCACAGCAGCAAAGGUCAGGUUGUCCACUGGGUGAGCAAGCUGAGCAGAAGGGCGCAAGGCUUCCGUGAGCAUGUGACCCUGGGUCCCAAGAUAUCGGAGACCGUGAAGGGGAAGCUGAGCCUGGGGGCCAAGAUCCUGCAGGCCGGCGGGAUCGAGCGCGUGUUCCGGAAGGCGUUCACGGCCGAGAAGGGCGAGCGGCUGGUGAAGGCGCUGCAGUGCUACCUCUACACCACCGGCGGCCCCAUCGCCGGGAUGCUCUUCGUCUCCACCAAGAGGAUCGCCUUCCGCAGCGACCGGCCCGUCACCGUCACCUCCCCCAGGGGCGACGUGGCGCGCGUCUCCUACAAGGUGGUCGUCCCGCUCAAGCGGAUCGACAAGGUGCGGCCGAGCGAGAACGUCGACCGGCCAGAGGAGAAGUACAUCCACGUCGCCACCGUCGACGGCUUCGAGUUCUGGUUCAUGGGCUUCGUCAGCUACCAGAGGUCCUGCAAGUACAUGCAGCAGGUCAUCGGCGGUGCCGAGCUGCAAUGACUAGCCGGGCGGAGGAAGACGCGAGGCCCGCCGUUUGUUCCGUCGGCACGAUGAGAAGUGGAGUUGCGGGCUGCCGCUGCUGCUGCGCCAUCUUUUGCUGUGGAGCAGCAGGAGCAGCCCUGGCUGGAAUUGCUCGAUCUUAUUUCGGAUCGGAGCAACUUGGAUCCUUCCGCGUACGAUUUGGAUUGGCUUAUGUUUUUCCAAGCGAUUGCUUAAUUUGUACUAGGAUGGACAAAGAAAUUAACCGUGCUGCAUGUGAAUGAAUGGGAAGGCAGUUGUUCAAAA